GGCCUGGAGGGAAUUUCAGCCAUCCUACUUCCGCUUCCGGGUCGGGGGAGGUUGAAUGCGGGAGGCGCCAGCUAUGGCGGCCUCGGAGAGAGCAGAAGCUGAGGUUGAAGAGGCCGGCCAAAUCUACCUCUUGAUGAAAAAAGAUUAUCGUAUUUCACGCAAUGUGCGUCUUGCCUGGUUUCUCAACCGUUUACAUCAGGUUGUCUGUGCAGUCCCUGAAUCAGAAUUGGUGAGCAAGCAAAGCUGUGUGAAAUCAGAUGAUGAGCUGGAUGUUCUCAGCAUACUGCCAAUUAGCUGGCAACCUGAUGAGUCUGUACAGCCCAGGCCGUAUCUCCUUGUGCCUUCCACGCAAGUCACUUUCCUUGCACGUCAAUACCGUUUUGUGAUUGAACUGGAUCUGAGCCCUUCUACAGGGAUUGUAGAUGACUCUACGGGAGAAAUAAUUUUUGAUGAAGUGUUCUAUGCCCUCACCCGGUGUUUAGUGGGGUUGCUAAAACCCUUUCGAAUCCCAGGUUCAGGCAUCAUCUACCAACCUGAGAUCUUCAUCACUAUUCAAGCAUAUUCUUCAAUCAUUGGGUUACAGACACACCAGGUGCUGUUCCAGGGUUGUCUGCUGGAUGAGACCAAUACAGAGACCUUCCUGCAGCAAGUUUAUACACAGUUAUGCACAUUUGAAAACAAAGUGGCUGAGAUGCUCCAACAGCAGUAUGAGCCCAAAACUCAGGUGGACUUGCCAUCUCUUAACCAAGAGCAUCUUUGUGAUACCCAGGAAUCCUCAGGGAGGAAGCUGGGUGUCUCUAUGGUCACUGCUGAUGUAGGGCUGGUUAGCAUGAUUCGGCAGGGAAUUCUGGCACUCCAGCUGCUGCCUUCUAACUCCAGUGCAGGGAUUAUUGUGAUAACAGAUGGCGUCACCAGUGUGCCAGAUGUAGCUGUCUGUGAAACUUUGCUCAACCAGUUGCGCAGUGGGACUGUGGCCUGUUCCUUUGUUCAGGUGGGAGGCAUCUAUUCCUAUGACUGCAGUUUUGGUCAUGUCCCCAAUGUGGAACUCAUGAAGUUCAUUGCCAUGGCAACAUUUGGCACAUACCUUUCCACAUGCCCUGAGAUCGAGCCUUCUUGUCUGGACUUGAAUGUUUAUCACAAAGCUUUUCUACUAUACUCCUUUCUGCGGAGUGGAGAAUCCCUGAACCCAGAAUAUUAUUGUGUGUCCCAACACAGACUUUUCAAUGAACACCUUGUUUCUGCAAGCAGUAACCCUGCACUGGCUAUGAGACGGAAGAAACAUACAGAGAAAGAGGUGCAUGCUGACCUUAUCAGUACAGUCUCUGUCCGGUUGCGAGAAGGUUAUAGUAUCCGUGAAGUCAGUGUCACAAAAGGAGGCACUCACCUUGAAGUGAAGCUUGUCCUGCUGUGGAAGCACAAUAUGAGAAUCGAGUACCUGGCAGUGACUCUGUGGCCCCUGGACCCUUCAAAACGCAGCACAUGGGUGGAAGUAACUAUGGAGGGCAGCUAUGACAUUUUGCAUGACAUCAGCUGCACAAUGCGCAAGCCCAUCACCAGUCUUUACCGCACAACUGUGAUACGGCGUUUCUGGAACACCUUGCAAAGCAUCAACCAAACUGACCAGAUGCUGGUUCAUCUUCAGUCAUUUGAUAGUGCUCCAGAACACUUCACCAUUCCAGAAAGCACCAGAAAUGGGGUGCCACUGUUCUACAUUCCACCAGGGUCUACUACACCGGUGCUAUCAUUGCAGCAUAGCAGCUCAGACUCCUGCCACUCACAGUUUGCAGCCUAUUGGAAGCCCAUCCUGUCUAUGGAUGCCAACUUCUGGCAGAGAUGGCUACACAUGCAUCGCAUUGUUAUCCUCUUGGAACAUGACAUGCCAGUCCCAAAGCAUUUGCACACACCAGGCAACAAUGGCCGGUAUAGUACAAUUCAGUGCCGCAUCUCACACUCAGCACUGACCUCUUUGCUGCGUGACUGGAGUAGUUUUGUGCUGGUGGAAGGCUAUUCCUAUGUCAAGCUCAUGCGCAGCUCUGAGGAUCAGCCUCCUUUUUCAUUUUAUGUGGUGCGAAUAAUUUCCAAAGCUCCCUGUAUGGUUCUCCGGCUGGGAUUCCCCAUUGGGACACUUGCAAAAAUCAGGAACAAAAUAGUUGAAGAAUUAAGGGAACGUAUCCUGCAGCUACGCUUUCCACAUAGGGUACAAAGCAAAGAGGCAACUCCCAAAGUGAAGAGGAAGAUCAUUGGCAGCAGCUCCCCAUCAAAAUCUCCUCCUGUGGCUGGAGCCCAGCCAACCCUCUCAGACAGGCCUUGCCUGAUAGUGCUUCAAAAGCCUCUGGAUAAGCUUCUCAUCAGAUAUGAAAAGCUGCCCUCUGACUACCGUGUUCCAUGCAUUCUUCCCUUGGAGAAUCCCCCAAUGUCAGGCCCUCUUACUGUAGUGGCCAACCGCACAGCUUCCUCCACUCUAGCCUCCUUGUCUCGCUACUUCUAUCACAAGCGCUGGAUCUGGUGUGUGCAGUCAGGACUGGUACCUGCAGUGCCCAUCACAGCUGUAGCACAACUCCUGUCUACUCUCACAGAGGUUCGUCUGUCUGAGGGCUUCCAUUUUGCUUCCAGUGGUGAUGGGAUUAUCAACAUGGUGCUUGAGUUGCCCAUUAAGAGUGAUUUCUCAGGAGUAAAUGGCAGUGAGACGCAUAGCUGUAUUGUCCAAUAUGUGCUGUUCCCUCCACAUUCCACUUCUACUAAAGACAGUUUUUCCACAGAUGAUGACAAUGAUACAGAGGUGGAGGCCAUUGAAGUGGACAUGGAGUUGAAUGUUGUCACAGAGUGCUGGGUAGAACCACAGAGUGGCUGUGUGGAUGGUGCACUGGACAUCUGGAAACAUUUUGAUGGCUUACCUUAUCGGAAAAUCCCUAAAGCGCUGUAUCCUCGAGAUUUGAUGUGCAUCCAUACUAUGCUUGCUUUUGAGUAUAUCAGCCAGCUGUGCCAGAACAAGGACUGGGUCUUCCCUGCAUGUGAUCCACGGCUCACUGCUACUGAAGGUCGUAAUGCUGGAAGUGGCACCCAAGUGCAUGAAAUUCCUUUUCAUUUUGACCUCAUGAAGUUACUGCCCAGAUGUCAGCAGAUUGAGAUGUUUUUCCUGAUGCUGACAGGAGCAGAGGAUGGGAUCGCAAAAGAUUCUUCUUUCUUGCCAAAUGAAAUGCUUCUUGGUCUAUUCCAUGGCUGUCUCCAGCAUGACCUCAGUGACAGAGAGAUUACACUAUCAGGCACAGAUCAUAUCAGUUUUAUGGAGCAGGUGCUGCAGCGGGAUAGAGAUGGUCACCCACCCCCAUUUGUGCUCUCAGUGUUCGAAGGGCCCUCAAAGGCCUCCAUGCCCCCUGAAGGUCGGGAUCCAGCAAACAUUUAUCACUCUGUUGGGAACAAAGACACAACUGCCCCUACAAGUAUAUAUCUGACUCCAGACAUUGUAGAGACUUCAAGAGAUACCUCACCAGCAUCCAAUGCCAUUUUCCCACAGUGGCGAUGCUAUGCCAAGCUGGUAAAUCCACAGCAUCUUUUUCUCACCUUCCUACCAGCUACAUUCGCAGACAUACAGAGACUGGUGGCUUGUGGACCAGAUAAACCUUCAAAAGAGGCAGGAACAACACCGCCCCAAGGAGCAGUGGAACUGGAGAGUGUAGAAUCAGUUCCUACUGUCAGUGUCACACCAGCCCAUGAGAUUGGCCAGGAUUCACAAGAUCCAGAUGGUGCACCUAGGAAAGAAGGACACAUAUCUUUCAGCCGCCAGGCAUCUCAGCCAGACCUGAGUGACAGUGGCCGUGCCCGUUGCCCUGUCUUUGUUUAUAGUUGCUCUUUGGAGUUGUUACGGGAGCAGGUGAUCAACCCCAGGCCAGAUAAGCCUCUGCGGGAUAUAUUUUUCAGAAGCCAGUCUGUAGAGCGUCCCACCAGUGCUCCCUGGCUAGAUCCUAAGCACAAAGAUCUGGUGAAUUACUGCACCUUGCUGCAAGAACAUUCCCACCAGUGCUAUGUAAAAGGACUGUUCAGGAGCCUGCAACAGGGUCACAAUAUCAGCUGCCCUGACCUGCUUAUAGCCAUGGAUUACUGUGAGGAGCUUCUGCAGGAGAUAGACAUCACGAGCUUCCUACUUACCUUAUGUAAUCAUGUGCGUUCAUUCUGUGAGCACCACCAACACUUGCUCAUUAACUUGGAUGGAGAAGUGGUGCAAACCUCCCAAACCCAAGAUGUCUUAGUCUCUGUUUCCAGUGUUGAGACAGAGGAUUUCAGUGAACCAGAUUCCCAGAUUUCUGCCUGCCCUUCCCAGGAACCUAACCAGAGUCACUGUCCAGAGUUCCCUCUCUCACUACUAGACAGCAGCCAGCCCUGCCAAGGCCACACUGAUUUACACAGGAUCAUCCAGGAGAAGUUCUUGGAGAUCGGUAGCUUACAUUUUAAACCAGUGCCAUCUAAUCCUCAUUAUUUCUUCUAUUGUCCUCCUUCUACCAAAAAAGAGGAGGAGAUCUCGCAGGACCAUGCAGAUAGGAAAGGCAGUGAAGACUUGGAAAGCUCAGAAACUGAUCUGGCAGCUGAUGAAGGAAAUACAUCUGCCUGCGGCAUCUGCACUGAAAGUGACCCAGAACUGGAGGUGGAAUACCGGGAGCGGUUGGACCAUGAAUUACUAGAAACGGACUCCCUUUCAGACUCCAACACUGUUAACCAGGAUGAGGACUCCUUCAGCAUUCUGGGAGAUUCUCUGGCAGAGCAGGAGAUGCUAGAACAAGAUAUGCCACCUCUCUUUAUGCAUCUGACCUGCUCUGUGAAGCUUCGUAGCCAGCAUGGUUCCAUGCCUGUUCGCUCACUGCCUACCUGCCUGGGAGAGGUGCUGACCUGCCUUGAGAGCUGUAGGGCACUGCAUACUAUUGAUCUCUCUGACCUCUGUGUGACCCUGGACAUUUUUGUCCUGACCCUUCCAUUAGAGAUUGAAAUGGUGAACGAUUUGCAUCACAAUAGGUAUACCUCUGAGAGCAGUGUCUCUUUCACCCGUUCCCCAGGGCGCCCUUCCUCCUUCCGCUCUGAUGAAGAGCUUAUGCAUACCUUGGACAGGCUCCCUUCAGCUGUGGAUGAUGGGCACCCGGCACUCUCUAAUCUUCCUGGAGUACACAGACAAGCUGUUGAAGCUACAAUGAUAGAAAUCCGCUGGCUCUUGGAUGAUGAGAUUGUGUCAGCAUUGCGUCAUUCACGUCCAGUUUCUACUGACAUCUUGAGCCGUGUGGCUACCCAUGUCUACAGUUCUCAAGGCCGCCCAAGUUGCCACUGUGAGGCUGUUCCUUUGCAGUUUGUAUUUGGGCCUGAGAGCUCACUGGAAAGAUUUCGGGAAGAGUUCCAGAGAAUGACCCUACCUGGCUAUGUGCUUAAUGCUGAGGGGAAUGAUUUCUACUAUGUUUCUGUCAGCCGUCUACAUGCUCCAAUAGGUGGGCCCAGUCCUUCAGUAACACUUGAGAGCACCAUGACAGGAGGAAGGUGUGAGGGCAGCAGCAAAACAGAAAGCUGCUUGCCCUGUUCUGUUCCCUCUGAGGAAGCUCAUGGUCUCUGGGCAUGGCCAGCAAGUGAGACGAAGGCUGGGCUGGAUACUGUUGAAUUCCUUGGUACAAGUAGCUGUGUGCAUGAUGAGGUGUUAGGUGAAGUUCCACGUCUGGAUCAAGUCAGUACUUUGGCACGUAGUUCUAUGGAGGAAGAGCCUCCUGUAACCCAUCCACAAGCUCUGCCUUAUUCCUCAGAUAAAUGGAAUAGUGAGAAAUCUCCCUCAGCAACACCAUCUGUAACAAGCCUGACAGAUUCUGUGAUCCCUGGGAAGGAAGGUUGUGGGAAGCAGCACCCCAGUCGUGUUCAGAGCCUGGUGUCAAGCCAAGGUAGUAUGGAUUCUGAUUUGCUCGGAUAUGAUGGUGGCAGCAGUGAUUCUGAAUGUGAAGAGGUAGCAAUCAGUGACAUGGAACCCAAAUGUCCCCUCAUGCCUGACUUCUGGCUGAUUAUAAGAAUCCACCAGGACCGAGUGGAAAUCUAUUCCCACACACGGAGCAGCAUGAGUGCAAUGAAAGUAACACAGAAUGAGGAAGGGGAAUGUAUGCGUCUUCACCAUACUGUAGUGAAGAAAGUUGGCGAGAUCUGCCGCAUUGUAAACCAACGGUUGCUGUUACAAGAUCUACAUGACAGCCACAUUUGCAAUUCUCUGCUGGUUGCUGAGAGUGAGGAAGAUAUCUGGAAAAGUGAAACCCCAUAUACCUACCGGCAGCGCACUGGGACUGAUGACUACCCUGGAGAUGAGAGUUACCAGCCCCGUGACUAUCUUGCUGCCACAAUGCAGUUUAUGCCUGGACACUUCGCUUGCAAUGCAGUCUGGAGCACCACCAUCCAUGUACAUUCACGACUAAAGAUGGGGCCCAAUAUGGGUGUUGCACGUGCCAUCCAAGCCCUGCGCUCUGUACUCAAUGCCUUCUCUGUUGUUAAUAGAAAGAAUAUGUUUGUUUAUCAGGAGCGUUCAACCAAGUCUGUUUUCUACUUGCGACUCUCUGAAAUUACUUCUAGUGGGAAGAGUGGGGAAGGUGAAAUCCAGAGCCUUGUAUACCGUUCACUGGCACUUUCACGCAGCCAGGAGCCCAUAUACACUGAGGACCUGAGUGCAUCUCGCUCAUCCUUGGACACCGCCUCUUGUCGCAGUGUGGAUUCCCCCCGCCCUCUGAGCCAAAUGGACAGACACAUCCAGCUAGUAGUUCAUGGAGUGGCCCAGGCAGGACCUGAGAUUACAGAUGAGCUAGUAAAAGUUCUACGUAGACGUCUGGAUGAAGCCACCUUGGAUAUCAUCACAGUUAUGCUUGUGAGGACUUGUAAGCUCACACCAGCCGAUGUAGAGUUCAUACAACCCCCUGGCAGCCAACCCACUGAAGUGCUGCAGUUCACUCUUCCGCCCUCCUGCCUACCUUGGCUCCCAGCUGUGGCUUGCUAUCUACGUCAGAACCUGCUGAUCUUUCUGCACACACCUAAGUACACAGACAGCAAUGUGGAAAACCAUUUCAAGCACUAUUUCCACCAGAGCAGUAGCAGCCCUGACCUUGAUCUCUACCUCUAUAACAAGCCUGGAGGCCAGGGCACUGGUGGAAAAGGCAUUGCGUGUAUUGCUCUGUCCUUUGUGGAUGAUCGUGGAAACCCCAUCUCCUUGGCUCGCUGGGUGAGGCCACCCACUGCACUGUUGAACACAUCAUUCCUUCAGGAAGCAGAUUUUGAGAGCUUGACUGCUGUUAGCAAGCACGAGACUGAGCCUGGUACUUCACAGCCAGCUCUCUGUCCUCUGGUACGCUUGGAUAUCUGGGAAAAGGGUAACAUCAGCUUAUUGCAGUUGUCUGAGAAGCUGCGUAGUGCUCUGCGCCAUGCACUCUGUGAUGCACUCAUGGAAUUCCGUGUGCUGCCCAAUCCAUUGUGUGUUGAACUGUCCUCUGAACUAGAAGAUCCAGGGAGCAUUGGAAGCCUGCGGCGGACGAUGUCUGAAAGUAAGGGACUGACUCGGCCUACUGGAGGCAGAGUGUGUCCACCCUCCUUGAAUUUCCCUGUGCCUGCCACAGUUGCUGGUGAGCCAGCCACACCCUCCAACAGAAUGGGGCGGCGCAGUUUUUGGGAUAUGCUGAGCAAGCCAGAGACGGUGGAGCAAGGAAGCCCCAAGACCACAGAUGAUAUUGUGCUGGAACGUCCUGAAGAGAGUCGCACCCGCCGUCGCCACAAGACUGAGAGUGUGAAGCAGCCUUCCAGCCAGGAACGUGUUGCUGCAGCUGCUGAACAGGGGCAGACUCAGAGGCGUCGAGCCUUCCAACUAGAGGAAGGGGAUGUUGGAAUCCUGCACCCCAUUUUCAGUCAAACUUGCCAGUCCUGGAUGGCAUUCAUGAAUCGUUUGGGGUGUCCUUCGGUGCAACAAUGUGCCACGGAGAGUGUGUCCCGCUUCCUGCUUCCCUCCAUCAUGCUUGAGAUAGUGAACCUGGUCACCACUAUGGCAAAUGACACCACUGUCAAAGUAUUUGAAAAAGUCAGUGGUCCUCAAGGUGUGUCCUUUGAACCAUAUGCUCUCACACCAGGCUCUAGUGCUCGACCAGCUGUCAUUCGACACUUCAUCCUGCUGGGGCGUAGCUUCCAUCAGUGGCGUUGCAGCACUGAACCAGCUCUCAAAGGUUUCCAACGUUUUGAGGCCACAGAGCUUGGUUCUGCAGAGAAGAGUUCAGAUGUAGCUCCCCGGCAAAGGUUCUUUUUCAUGGAAAUUGUGGACAAAAAGCUGGUGCUCUACACCUACAAUUGGUCUGUGGACCUGGGCAGUGCCCUGAGCAGCUCUCUCACUCGCUUACUGCAGUGGCAAAAUGCCCGUUCCCAUGUGAUUCACUGCCUGCUGAACCAGAAGCUUGGACUCUUCCACCACUACUGUUACAUGGACACUCCAUGGCAUGAAGAUAGCAAACAGGAGCAAAAUCCCUUCCUGAAUUCCACUCUGGAGGUGGAUACCCUGAUCCGGAGCUCUAGUGUUCCCCCUAGCAAGGAGCAAGGUCGACUAAGUGGUUCUACUCGCAUCAUGCAACCUCUCCACUUCCCUCCUGACAUGGUGCCCUUUGAUGAAGCUCUUCGUGAUGUCUCAAUCAAUAGGCCUAUCUUUCACAGCCUUGAGCUGGGUGCACUUGACCGUGUGGCCCAACAUGGAGCUCAGUUCCUAGAGAUCAAGAACAUGGAGAGGAAAGAGCUGGAGAAACAGAUGAAGAUUGAGAACCUCUUCGUGACAUGGCAACAACGGUCUGCGCAGUCCAACAUGCCAAUCAGUCUUGCAGAUUUGGAAACUCUGAAGCAGUCAUCACGCCUGGUCCAUUACUGUGCCACACCUCUACUCUUUGAUCCCACUUUCCGACAGCAGAUUCAGGCUGAUCAACAGAGCAAGCCAGAGGGGAAGAAGCGGCAUCGUUCAAAUGAUUCCACAGCAUCCAGUAGAGACCGCAGCCACAGUUGCGAUUCUGCAGAGGGACUGCCAUGUAGGGCCAAAGAUGAGGCCUGGCUCCUGGAGUUGUGUCACACUUUCCUACAACAAUAUAUCCAGUACCUGCAAAGCAUGGGCUUCAUUCUGGUGCAGGUGCGCCCAACUUCACCCACCCGGAGCAGCACCAGCCGAAUCAGAGCUCUGGCAGCAAUGGGCAAUGAAGGGCGCAGCUCCUUCUCAUAUACCAAGCCAAAGGCUGAUGGGAGUCCAAAGACCACCAGCCCUCCUGUCACCACAUACCAUUUGCAAAGAGCUCUGCCUGGGGGCAUUGUGUUGAUGGAGCUGGCUUUUCAGGGCUGCUAUUUCUGCGUAAAGCAAUAUGCACUGGAGUGCUCAAGACUCCCCAUGGGCCAGACUGUCAAUUCACAGCUUUCCAUGCUCUUCACAGAAGAGUGCGACAAAGUACGUGAUCUCAUGCAUGUGCACUCAUUCAGCUAUGACUUCCACCUACGUGUUGUGCACCAGUACCUGCUUGGAUCCCACAUGGCACUGAGGCAAGGUUAUCAUCUCACCAGUUUCCUGGAAGACUUCAUUGCCCAGCAUCCUGACAUCCCCAAGUUUGGCCGUAAUCAUAUCUUCCAAGGUGCCCUGGCCUUGCCUACCAAUACUAUCAUGGCCCAUCAUCUGUACAACUAUAUAACUGACCAUGCUAGCACCUACCAUAUGAAGCCAUUACGCAUGGCCAGGCCAGGAACUAGCACUGAUGGCAAGAAGGGGACCCCUGGGCCCGAGCCAAAUGAAUAUGCUCUAGUGUCCAUCUGGAAUAGCUCAGGUUCCUAUAAGGAUUCAGAAGGGUUACGUCACCAUGAUGACUUUGAUGUGUCCAUGCUUGUAUGUCACAGUGCUCCACCCUUUGAGGAGCAGAAUGAGGCAGACAGACUCAUGCUACGGUUACACUUCUACGUGAUCAUGACAAGCCAACGGGAGCUGUUCCCACGACUCACUGUAGACAUGCGACGCUUCAAGAAGCUGCCACGCCUGCAGCGGGAGGCACUGGAACCGGUUCUGGGACGUGGAGCCUGGGAGACAGCAGAGGGUGGCUGGCAGCGCAAAGAAAUAAUGGAGCCCUGGGAGGAAGUGGAGGACAGUGGCGAGUUUUAUGCAGGUGGCCCCCAAGUCAAAGUGGGCCCUGGGCUCUUCUAUACAUCUCCACUGUUCCCAUUGCUUGCCUCAGAGGUGGCUGCUGCCCAGAGACAGCUGACUAACAUGGUGCAGCUUGCCAAGUGUCACUGCCGCCGAGACAACCUCUGGAAGCGGCUCUUCCUGCUUGAGCCCCUUGCCUCUGACAAACUGAAGCUGGGCAAACUCUCCAUUGGUGAGCUGGAAGAAUUGCUGGAUGCAGUGCACAAGAAAUCCAUUUCUGACAUUGACCCCCAGUUGAGCUGCUUCCUCACUAUGACAGUCUCUUGGUACCAGAGUCUUAUCAAGGUGUUACUGAGUCGUUUCCCCCAGAGCUGCCGCCAUUUUCAGAAUGCUGAUUCUGGCACUCAGUAUUUGGUCGUUCUGAACCAGAAAUUUACGGAUUGUUUUGUGCUUGUAUUUCUUGAUUCUCAUUCAGGAAAAACGAGUCUGACAGUGGUUUUUCGGGAGUCUUUCCCAGUACAACCCCAGAACAAUGAGAGCCCCUUGCCACAACUUGUGUCUACAUACCACCAUCUGGAAUCUGUCAUAAACACAGCUUGCUUCAACCUCUGGACAGGGCUACUAUAGUAGUGACUGGAUCUUCCCAUUUGGAGCACACUGCAUGGACCCAGCAGUUGUAAUUGGCUGGAACAAAGAAAAGACCACUUCAUGUGGUAGGAACACUGGGUGAUAUGAGGGUACAGCUGGCUGGAUAAGAAGUCAGAACACUUUCAAGGAUUCGGACUGUACUGAAUAGAACCACAGGAGGAAUAGGUCUGUGUCUGGUGCACAGCAAUGGCAACCUGACUGAAAGGGAAAAGGCACCUUCCCAAGUACCCACUGAGGUCUUUGGGUGGACAUGCCUCCUUGAAAUUCAGGGCCGAAAGUCUUCUGGAUUCGCAGACUUAGCCAGGCCUUUUUAGAGCAAAUCACUGGAUGGGCUUUAGUGGGAGGGUAUUGCACAAUGAUGGAAAUGUUUUCUAUGAAGUGAAUGUACAGUAUAUUAAAUAAAAUGGAUCAUUAAUUAUAAUAAUAAAAUACUUUGUCACAAA